UUGCUGCUCUUCCUGGAACCCUUCCCCCGGCCACGGAAGCGAAAGAAGCGAAAGAAGCGAAAGAAGAGGAUAUUGUGGGCAAUAUUGAUUUAAGUUAAAUCCUUCAGAAACGGGAUCAUUGUCGGUCCCUGGCAGGAUUUAGGUUAAUCCUGCUUAAGCCCUAUAUAAAUCCUGCUACUAAGUAGCCCCUCCAGUUCAGCCCUAGACCUAGCUCCUUGUACACACGAACAGAAGCAGCAAGCUGACAGCUCGCACCUUUCUCCAGCUCAAUCAUAGCAGCUGAACUGCAUCGCCUCGCCUAGCGCUGACAACCUUAAGGCCGACUGCCACCGAUAUUCAUUACUCAAAACUCUAUUUGACGGCUAGAGGUGAUGGCUACAUUUGAAUUGUAUAGGAGGUCAACCAUCGGCAUGUGCCUGACGGAAACCCUAGAUGAGAUGGUCUCCAAUGGCACCCUCAACCCAGAGCUUGCCAUUCAAGUGCUUGUGCAGUUUGAUAAGUCUAUGACGGAGGCUUUGGAAAAUCAAGUGAAGAGCAAAGUCUCUAUUAAGGGACAUCUGCACACUUACAGAUUCUGCGACAACGUGUGGACCUUCAUCUUACGGGAUGCGAUAUUUAAGAAUGAGGAGUGCCAGGAGAAUGUUGGCCGGGUAAAGAUUGUUGCCUGUGACUCCAAGUUGCUUGCUCAGUCCUAAAUAUAUAUAUAUAUAUAUAUAUAUAUA